UUGCGAAAACUCUUAUGGGCGCCAUGUCUGAAGGAGAUACUGAAUGCGUCGAAUAUAAUAACAAUCUCUGUUCCACACUCCGUCUCCAAUAUCGCACCAAGACAGCUGUCAGACGACGGGACGUUAACAAAGCUGGGGUAUCAAAGCUGUGUUUACAGCAUAAAAAUAUCAUCAUUGACAUGAGAGAGGAUAAUGUCUGUUAACCGUCUCAUUGUUGAGACGUGUAACCGUGAGUUUUUUCAGACUAAUACAAUCCUUCAUCAUCUCUCACAACAAGCCAACGUCUCCAUGAGUGACUGAAUGCAUCUCACUCUUGUUGCGGAGAAGGGCAGUUCCGUUUCCAACCAUCAUGGCUUUUGUGAGCCUCUUCUCCUAUCCCCCAAACCCCGUUCUUGACAAAAACAUGACAGACUCUGAGCUGGCAGGCGAUGAAAGGGAAGACGGAGAAUUGGAAGAUGGAGAGAUAGAUGAUGAGGGAAUUGGGAAUGAAGGAGAAGAGAAGGAAACCAAGGCAGAACCUGAAGAUGUGGAGAAAGACAAAGAAAAGGAAAAAGUACGAGAAAAAGAUGAGAAAGUGCAUCGGCACUCUCAUAAGAGACACAGGAAAAUAAAAGAAAAACACAGGUCAAAACGAAGGCGAAGGGAAAGGCAAAAGCACCACUCUCCAUCUAGUGGCUCCAGCUCUGACAGUUAUGACUCUGAUCAUGACCAUCAAGUCAGACCUAAGAGCAAAAAGAAUAAAGGUCCUUACCGGGACUUUGAUAGCCAGUUUGCACAGCAUGAACACGAACCUAGUGGGGGUCAUGGAAAACCAGCAAGAUCGAUGCAGCGCAAGAACAGUGAGAGUGAGGAGAAAUAUGACUAUGAUGAAGAGCAGGAUGACUUCAGCGAGGAGCUGUCCAAAUACAAGCAAGCAAAAGAGUCGAGCACGUCCAGCCAGGGCAAAGCAGGGUCACUUAAAGAACAGGGCAAGAGACCAAACAUGAAAGCACAACAGCGGCAACAAUUUAGUGGGCCACGUGGUCGUGGGCGUGGAGGUGGGGGUGUGGGCAGGGGACGUGGUAUGCCAAACAAAAACAAGAAGCAGAAGGGCAAGAAUUGGGGCCGGGGGCGAGGCCGAGGAGGAGAUCCAGGAGGAGGUGGAGAUGGAGCAAAAGCGGAAGCCAAAGGCCAGCCAGGUUUCCAGAAAAAACGUCCAAUUAUGAGUCAAGAGUUUAUCAAUCAACACACAGUUGAGCACAAUGGGAGAAAUAUCUGCAAAUAUUUCAUUGAGGGUAGAUGCAUUAAAGGGGUCCAAUGCAAGUUUGAGCAUGACAAUGUCAUCCCAGAGAAGAAGAAGGAAUUGUGCAAGUUCUACGUCCAGGGCUACUGCACAAAAGGGGAAAACUGCAUUUACAUGCACAAUGAAUACCCGUGCAAGUUCUUCCACACUGGUGCAAAGUGCUAUCAGGGAGAUAAUUGCAAGUUUUCUCAUGAGCCUUUAACUGAACUUACAAAGGAGUUGUUAGAUAAGAUCUUAAACACGGAUGAGGAGCAUGCCAAUGAGGAUGAACUGGAGCUAGAGGACCUGAGGAAGCAGGGUAUAACCCCUUUGCCUAAGCCACCUCCCGGGGUAGGGCUUCUGCCAACACCUGGCUCAGGUAGCCCCCAGGAUGGAAACAAAAAGAUCCCUUCUCUGUUUGAGAUCAAAGUGCAUCCAACUGUGGACCUGGCACAGAAGAUUGCUCUAAGGCCCAAUUUCUACAACAGCACGUCUCCCCCUCCUGGACAGUUCCAGGGGACUGGAAGCUCUGCUCAGUUCACUGGCUCUCCAGAGGACAUGCAGGCUGGCCACAUGCUGUCCCCAGGACACAGUCAUUCUCUACCCCCACCUCCAGGUUCUCCAGGGUCUUUGGGUGGACCUCCCCUUCACUACCCAGGGCCUGGUUUUCCUCAGAGCCCCCCAAGACAGUCAACAACUCAGGGCUUUGGGCAGGGCACUUCUUUGCCACCUCCUGGACUUUCAGGUCAGGCCCAGGUUUUCCAUGGCAAUCUGCAGCAAAUGAACCACCAGAGCCCAAAUCCUCACAUGAACCAGCAAGGCACUCCAUUCCAGUCUAUGCCUGACAUGCAGAUGAACACACCCUUUCAAACUAUGGGCCAGAUGCCCUCUGAAUUUUUCAAAAACCUAUUUAGUAGCCAGUCACUCGGGCUUGGAGAAGGGGGCCAGUCAGGGCCUGUGCAGGACUCCCAGCAGCAGCAUAGUAGUGCAGAUUCCCACAGUGGCAUGCACGACUUCCUGCCAGCUGUCCAAAAGGCUCUGCUUCUACACCUGAACCAGAACCAACAGGACUCUGACUCCAACAGACCUGAGAGUCAGUGCCCUCCAUCUUCUAGCAGAGUGAAAGAUGAACCAACAAAUUGGUAUUCCAGUGAUGAUGAGGAUGGCAGUAGUGUGACAGCCAUCUUAAAGACUCUGAAAAAGCAAAAUGAAAUGUUGAAGACCCAACCGUCCAAGCCUCAGCACCCUAUUGGAAUUCCAGCCCCCCUCACUGACCCCAGGCUACACAAGGAGAGGGCUCCACCUAAUGACCCCCGUGUGAAGGUUGACCCUCGGCAGCACAUUCCAGACCCCAGGAAGGAGGCAGAUGCUGGUGGAGACCCUAGACUGUCCCGAGACCCACGCAAGAUGAAAUCUAAUGAUCCUACCUCCUGCAGAUCAGAAUCUCACCGCCACCCACACCCAAACUCCUCGACGUCUCAGAAGCCUCCUACUGGGGAGGAGGAUGAAGAAGGAGAGCGGGAGUUGAGAGAGAGAGCUGCAUUGAUCCCACUAGAUCCCAUUCCCGGAACUGUGCUCCGGGACCCCCGCUGCCAGAUCAAGCAGUUCAGUCACAUCCGGGUGGACAUCCUUCUCCAGCGGCCAGCAUUUGCUCAUAGUGUGGUGUGGGCCCCAGAGGAUCUCAUCCCUCUGCUCAUCCCCAAACAGGAGCCCUCCAUCAACCUGCCCCUACCGCCACUGAUUGCUGAUGCCCAGCUGAACCGUAGCCUCUCCUCCCCACCAGACCAUCCCACCUCCUCCACUCCCACCCCUCCAGACCCACGUCUGGUGGCAGCCCGCCUCAAAGAAGGUGUGGGAAGUCUAGGCAGCCCACCCCGCAGGAGUCUUGAGCCUAGGCUCAACCCGGAGAAACCAACUGACCCUCGCACCCACAAGGCUUUAGAUCCUAGGAUCAGUCGCUCUGGGAGCCUGGACUCCAAGCUUCCUGCUAUGAGAGAGGGGUCCUCAGGUGGAGGGGUCAUGGAUCCAAGGUUACAGCGAAGUACAGCUGUAAUAACUAACCAGACUGCUGCUUCACUUAAGUCUGAUUCAGAGAAGCUGCCACCGUAUGCCCCUCGCCUGGCUUCUUCCACUAGUGGUGGGCUGGAGAGCCCCACCACACUGCUUGGGGGCAUUAGCCUGUAUGAUCCUCGCAACACCAAAUGGGAGGGAGAUGAGCCCCUGAAAAUGGCAGGCAUCCUAAAGCAGUCAUUGAAACGUGAAAGCCCUCCACCUCCACGGGCCCCCUCUCCACUACGAGUGCAAGCUGAAAAGGGCAAUGAAUCUGAAGAAGACUUGGAGGACUGGCCUAGUGACUGUCAGCCAGGCCAUCACACCACCGUAGCAACGCCUGCCCCUCCCUGCUCACCUGUCCGUGUCGCAGCACCUGCCAUGCAUAAUCUACCCAUUCAGGCCCUAGCAGGCCUGAUACGGCCAGCGUACACAGAUCCACGGCAAAACAGGCCAAGUGGACUUGCCCUUGGAACUCAGGAGGAAGAAGAGGGGGAAGGCAAAGAAGAAGAAAAAAAAGACAGGCCCCUGAGGGAUGUGUUUAAGACUUUUGACCCAACAGCAUCACCAUUCUGUCAGUAAAUACUUCUGUGUUGAGACUAGUCAGCACCUUUACCCAACUUUGUCCAUCUCUGCUAAGCAUUUACUUGUUACAUCGUCACGUACUUUCAUAUUUAUUUAUAUUUGCUUUGUACAUACACUUUACAAUUCCACAUCAGCUUACAAGGUAUCAUUUUCUUUGGGUUUCUUGUGCAUAAUAAGUCUAUAGCCAUUAGCAACAGUCCACUGACAAUGCCACUCAAAUAUUGAUGGAGAUAGUACUUAAAUGUACUCAGAAUGCUGCAUAAAGAAGUAUUCUCAGUUAAUGUGCAUAGGUGGAUAGACUUUGCUGUACAGCUGUAAAUACAGAGGUAACAAGGGAAACUUAGUGUGGCUGAAAGGGUAGUGUAGUGGUAAUUAAGAUAUUACAGUUAAAUAUCUUAGAUCUAUGUAUUACAUAAAGCUGUGGUAAGACUAUGACAAACAUUUUAUGAAAAAUUUCUGUGUUAUGCUUGUAAUUAUUCAAACGUAUAUGUGAACUUGGCUAAUACAGCGCAACGUUUUUCACCUUUUCCCCAAGCAUACCUUUCAAUCAUUUGUGAUGCAUUGUGCUGAAGAUACAACACAAGCAAAAAGAAAGUUGGAAAAAAAUUCAUCUAAAAAAUUUUUUUCUUGUAUGGUGGAGCUUGUGGAAAUUUUGUAGCACAAGUUAUCCUAUUGUAGUUAUUUUACAGUCUAAAAAUAAUGAUUUUAUUCUUUUAUGUGUUGUUUUGAUGUACUGAAUUGUUUUGUUUACAUAUCUAAGAAAGGACAAUGAAAGAUGUCCAUCAUGUCAAUUUGCCUUUUUUUAUUGUCUUAAAUAAAAUGUAAAUGAUGUGAUUUUU